CUUCUUGAAGAAUGAGAGGGACAACGCCCUGCUGUCUGCCAUCGAGGAGUCUCGCCGCAGGACCUUCCUGCUGGCUGAAGAGUACCACCGAGAGUCCAUGCUGGUGCAGUGGGAGCAGGUGAAGCAGAGAGUGCUACACACACUCCUCGGAGCCGGAGAGGACGCGCUGGACUUCAGUCAAGAUGUGGAGCCCAGCUUUGUGAGUGAAGUGACCGCUCCAGGAAGGAGUGCACUGGACAAUGUGGAGGUGGCGUACGGACGACAGAUUUACAUUUUCAAUGAGAAGAUAGUGAAUGGUCACAUCCAGCCUAACCUGGGAGAUUUAUGUGCUUCUGUAGCAGAAAGCCUGGAUGACAAGAAUGUAUCAGACAUGUGGCUGAUGGUGAAGCAGAUGACUGAUGUUUUACUGGUUCCCGCCAAAGACACGCUCAAAAGUCGCAUCUCUGUUGAAAUGCAAAUGGCCUUCGUACGCCAGGCGCUCAACUUCCUGGAGAACAGGUACCUCUCCCCGACUUCAGAGAACAAGCUUCGUCUGCACUACCGCAGAGUGCUGAGGAACAGCGCCGACCCCUACAAGAGAGCCGUCUACUGCCUGAUCGGGAAAUGUGACAUCAGUGAUAACCAUGGAGAGGUGGCCGACAAGACGGAAGACUACCUCUGGCUGAAGUUGAACCAGGUGUGUUUUGAUGAUGACGGCAGCAGCUCUUCUCAGGACAGACUGACCCUGCCACAGCUGCAGAAACAGCUGCUGGAGGACUACGGAGAGUCUCAUUUCUCCGCCAGCCAGCAGCCCUUCCUGUAUUUCCAGGUGUUGUUCCUGACGGCUCAGUUCGAGGCGGCCGUGGCCUUCUUGUUCCGCGCCGAGAGGCUCCGGAGUCACGCUGUGCAUGUGGCGCUGGUGCUGUACGAGCUGCGGCUGCUGCUGAAGUCGUCUGGCCAGAGCGCUCAGCUGUUGAGCCAGGAGCACGGAGACCCUCCCAUGGUUCGCCGCCUGAACUUCAUCCGUCUGCUCAUGCUGUACACCCGCAAGUUUGAGUCCACUGAUCCUCGGGAAGCCCUGCAGUACUUCUACUUCUUACGCAAUGAGAAGGACACCCAGGGAGAAAACAUGUUCAUGCGAUGCGUCAGUGAACUGGUUAUUGAGAGUCGAGAGGUGAACAUGAUGCUUGGCAUUCAGGCCAAAGAGAUCCAUUUUGGUUUCAUCAGACCAGACAAUUUGCCUGGAGUGAUAGAUAAGUUUGCCGGGGACACCAGAGCCAUCAUCAGUAAAGUGGCUCUAGAGGCCGAGAACAAGGGUCUGUUUGAGGAGGCGGUCAAACUGUACGAGCUGGCCAAGAACCCAGAUAAGGUAUUGGAGUUGAUGAACAGGCUGCUGAGUCCGGUCAUUGCUCAGGUCAGCGCUCCUCAGUCCAACAAGGAGAGGCUAAAAAACACCGCAGUGGCUAUAGCUGAGAGGUACCGCUCUCAGGGCGUAUCAGGAGACAAGUCUGUGGAUAGUACUUUCUACCUGCUGUUAGACCUGACAACGUUCUUCGAUGAGUACCAUGCAGGACACGUGGACAGAGCCUACGAUGUGAUGGAGCGUUUAAAGCUUCUUCCUCUCAGUCAGGACAGUGUGGAGGAGCGAGUGGCUGCUUUCAGGAACUUCAGUGAUGAGGUGCGCCACAACCUGUCUGAGGUGCUGUUAGCCACCAUGAACAUCCUGUUCACGCAGCACAAACGCCUGAAGGGGGCGCCAGCGGGCACACCAGGGCGACCCCAGAGGAACGCAGAGGACAGAGACAUGCAACUGCGCAGCCAGGCCAGAGCCCUGAUCACCUUUGCUGGUAUGAUCCCCUACAACAUGGCCGGGGACACCAACGCAAGACUGGUGCAGAUGGAAUUACUGAUGAACUGAUACAACAUCAACGCACACACUCACACACACACACACACACACACACACACACACACACACACACACACACACACACACACACACACACACACACACACACACACACACACACACACACACACACACACACACACACACACACACACACACACACACACACACACACACACACACACACACACACACACACACUCAGAGCUACAAAUAGAAAGGUUUUUGCAGACAGUCACAAUCACGCACCCUCACUUUUCCAUUUACCGUUUUCUUUUGUAUAAAAUAAUUUGAUCAUCGUUUGUUUUUUUAAAGAUACAUCCUUAUAUCACCCCUCUUUUUGUUCUUUAUUCUUUUUUUUCCAUUUUGUUGUUUAACAUUUGUAUGUUUGUUGAUUUGGAAUAAAAAAAUUAAGUUUACUUUCAGUUGUCUUUUCAUUUGAAACCACUAAAUGUUCAUUACUUUUCCUUUUUUUCUCAUUUUGCCUCAGUUUUAUAAUUAAUUUCCCUCAGUUAUAAAAACCCCCCAUUGUUUUCACUAAGUGUUUCAUGUGCCAAACUGUCAGUCUUGCUUAUCUGUAAUCCAUUCACCCUUCAAAUUGGACAGUUACAAUAUAAGUGUUAUAGUGACAACAUUUGCAUUAAUAACAUUGGGCUCAGUAUAAUGUACAGAGCAAACUCUAUCAUUGUCAUCAUCUAUACAUGGACUGGGGCAAUGAUUGAGGGUUUUCAGAUAUAGAUGUUUUCUGAUUAAAAUUGAGCAUGUCACCGUCUUCCUGGUCUUGAGAGUUGCAGGCUGUCCUUGUUUCCUCUGACUGCUCUCAGUAUCUGUGACACUCCUGCCCCCCGGCUUCAGGUCUGUC